AUGGAGGAGGAAGGGGAUUUGCUGGACGGCGAGGCCCUUACCGCCCGUGAUUGCGCGUGCGUGGGCGAAGGUUUCUUGGAUCCCCUCGCUCCUCUGUGUGUUUUGGCUUGCGGAGAGGACGAGGAAGGUUUGCCUGUGACCGUACAUUGCUUGGUCGCAGGCGACGUGCAAGGCAAAUUGCUGAUAUGCCUACCGGCUGCUGCCUGGCACCGCAAAGUUGCAAAGCGUACCGUGCCGCGAGGCUUUCUCAGCAAGGUUAUAGCAGCCGAAGUGGCCUCGGCUUCUAUCGCCGACCGUGGUGCCGAAAUUGCCGGUCAGGUGGUUCGGGUUUGGAUGGGGUUUUGCGAAGGCGAGGCAGAGAGGUCGAUCCAGGUGAGCGAUGCCACGCCCUCGGUUCCAUUCGGCGUCCUGCCCAAUGGAGAGCUCCUUGUGCCCUUUGUGGAAGCUGUGGCUCUUUUGUGGCAACAUCAAGUUGCCGGGGCCUUGUCCACUCCCGUGCAAACGGCCAACGAGGGCCCCGAUGCUCAAGCAAGCUUGUCCGCUCGCAUGGCGCAACUCGAGCGUACGCUGGCUGCUCUGGGAGGUCCUGCUGCCGCCGAGCCAAGGGCUUCUGCGGGGCCGAAGCAAGCAGCCCGAUCGAAAGCCGGGUCGCCCGCUGCUUUGCCUCCUCGUGCUCUUUCGGCCCAGCCUCAAGGUCACAGUGCCUCAGGGGGCGAAGCCUUUCCCGGUUUGGAUCAAAGUGUGGUUACGGCUGCUCUGGCUUCAGGAGUCGAGCCGCACGUGUUGGGCGAGAUGAGCCGUCUUGUCGAGGCCCGUCCCUUGGGCCGGCUGAAGGCCGAGCCGGCCCGCCCUUCAGCGACACAGCGCCGUUCUCCACUGGACGAGUCCGAGGACGAAGGCGACACUGCGGCUCCUUUGGCUGCUCUCGAGGAAGCAGCCCCCAACGUAGGAGCAGGACAACCUCAAGAACCAGCCGAGGCCUUUGCUCAGGCGAUGGUCAG